AAAAAAAAAAGCCCCUUCAUUGGGGGGGAAAAGGAACAAGCAGCUUAACCUCAACGCGAACAACCAGCUUAAAUAAGUGGGGCGCAUCAUCAAUUCCCAAACAACCAGCUUAAAUGAGUUGGUCAGCUUGAUCUUAACGCAAUGCAACUGUUAUCUUUUGGAAAAGGGCCAAAAGGAAGAGAAUCUUUUGGAAAAAAGUUGAAUAAACAGGAAAAUGAAAUGAGUAGCAUUAACCCCCCACUCGGUCUGGAUGUCUAUGUUCAAAGUCCUGGCUGUUUUUCUUGAUCUCUAAUUUCCUAUCUCUAUCCUUCUUCACCGACUGUUAUCUUAUACAUAGAAAAAAGCUAAGCAAACUUUCAUUUCCAUUUGAUCAUUAUAGCCAUGGCUUCUUCUUCUUCUCCUUCUCUUUCUUCAGAAUUGUCUUGUCUAGUAAAGCAGCAUGAGUUCGAAGAAAAGUAUGAUGUGUUUCUCAGUUUCAGAGGUGGGGAUACCCGUGAUACUUUUGCUAGUUAUCUUUAUGGGGCUUUAUCUGCAAAGCAAAUCUUAACUUUCAUGGAUCAUAAACUCGAGAGAGGUGAUGAAAUUUCACCCACACUUCGCAAAGCAAUCAAGGAAUCCAAGAUUUGGGUAGUCAUUUUCUCAGAAAACUUCGCUUCAUCCACAUGGUGUUUGGAUGAACUUGUGCAUAUACUUGAAUGCAAGAAAAUAAAUGAGCAGGGCAGUGUUAUGCCAAUCUUUUAUGGCAUAGAUCCAUCGGUUGUACGAAAACAGGAGGGUAGCUAUGGAGUUGCAUUUUCUGCACAUGAAAAACGUUUCAAGGAUAGAAUGAAGAAGGUACAUCAAUGGAGGGCUGCUUUAACAGAAGCAUCAAAUCUGUGUGGGUUGGAUUCGAAGAAUUUCAGGCCUGAGUGCAAGUUAGUUCAAAGGAUUGUUGAUGAUAUUUCAUUGAAAUUGCCUAAAUAUCUAUCAAAUGAGCAUUCAUAUGGACACCUCAUUGGAAUUGAAAAAAAAGUUAAAGAAAUUGAAUUAUUGUUAUCAACUGGCUCAAAAGAUGUUCAUAUUGUAGGUAUUUGGGGCAUGGGAGGUAUUGGUAAGACCACCCUGGCUAGUGUUGUAUAUCAAAGAUUAUCAUAUUCUCAUUUUGAAGGUUGUUGCUUUCUUUGGAAUGUUAGGGAAGAAUACGCAAAAUAUGGACCGAAUCAUUUGAGAAAAAAACUUUUAUCCGAGUUGUUAAAUGAUGAAGCUAUUCUAAGGAUGGAUUCCCCAUUUGUGGCAUCACCUUUUAUUCUUAACAGACUUAGACGUAAAAAGGUACUCAUUAUUCUAGAUGAUGUGGUUAGUUCAAUCCAAUUAGAAGCUUUAAUUCAGGGAUACGAUAGGCUUGCCCCUAGUAGUAGAAUCAUUGUUACAACUAGAAAUAUGCAAGUUAUCAAGAAAGUAGCUGAUAGAUUUUAUAAGGUUGAUGGAUUAAGUCACUUUGAAUCUCUGGAGCUCUUCCAUCUGCAUGCUUUUGGAAAAAAUUCUUCUAUAAUGGGUUAUGAUCAAAUGCUGUUAGAGAGGGUGGCAAGAUAUGCAAAUGGAAAUCCAUUGGCUCUUAAGGUCUUGGGUUCUUUCCUACAUUCCAAAAGCAAAGAAGAAUGGGAAAUUGCAUUAAAUAAAUUGAAAAUAAUGCCAAACCGGGAAAUCCAAGAUGUGUUGAGAAUAAGUUACGAGGGACUUGAUGAUGAAGGGAUCAAAAGUACAUUUCUUGACAUUGCGUGUCUAUUUGAUCAAUCUUUCACUAGAGAUCAAGCAGAAAACAUGUUAGAGGCCAGUGAUUCAUUUGUAAAAUUAGGAAUAAGUGUCCUCAUGGAUAGGUCUUUAAUUGAAAAUGGUGUAAUAAAAAAUGAGUUACGGAUGCAUGACUUGAUACAACAAAUGGGUCGGACAAUUAUUCGUGAUGAACAUAGAGAACCUGGUAAUCGUAGCAGGCUGUAUGAUGCUAAAGAUAUCUGCCACGUAUUGGAAAGAGCUAAAGUAACUGCAACAGUUGAAUGCAUAUCACUCAACAUGUCUACAAUUGACAGAGAUGUAAAAGUUUGUCAUGCAGCUUUUUCUAAGAUGCAUAAUCUACGAAUUCUCCAAAUUUACACCUGUGGCCGUAGGGAUGAUAUUAAGUUCAAACUAUACCUUCCUCAAGGUCUUGAUUCUUAUCUUUCUGAUAAGCUAAAUUAUUUUCAUUGGGAUCUAUAUCCUUUGAAGUCAUUGCCAUCGCAUUUUACUCUGGAGAAUCUUGUUGAACUGAUACUACGUGGCAGCCAUCUAAAGAAACUUUGGAAUCAUGAAGUUCAGUCUCUUCCGGCACUAAGAAGGAUGGAUCUUAGUUAUUCCAAGCUUCUUGCUGAAUUACCAGAUCUCUCUGUUGCUCCAAAUCUGGAAAGUAUAAAUCUUGAAAGCUGUACAAGUUUGGUUCAGGUUCUUUCAUCUCUUCAAAAUCUACAGAGGCUUACUAAUCUAAAUUUGAAUGGCUGCACCAAACUCAAAGAUAUGAAAGAGAUGUCAAAAAGCACAGGCCGUUUCUUGGAUCUUGAAAAGUUUGGAAGCAUUAAGAAUUUCUUGAACAACAUUGGUCAGCAGAAAUUCUCAUUUUUCAAAAGUUUUGUUCAAAGAUUUACAGGCAAUUUAUCUCUCUACUCAUCUCAGUCCCACAUUUCUGAAAUAAAGUUUCCAAUGAAUUUAUCAGUUUUGCGUUUGAGUAGGACAGUGAUAGAAGCAUUGCCACCAUCAAUUGAGUAUAUUCCUGGUCUUGUCCUACUAGAUUUGAGUGAUUGCAAAAGACUUAAAAGUCUUCCAACCAACUUUUGCAAUUUGAAAUCUCUUGAAGAAGUAAAUUUGUCAGGUUGUCUGGAGCUGGAUAAAUUUCCAGAAAUCUUUGAGCCUAUGGAACACUUGACAUAUCUUAACUUACGUGAAACAGGGAUUAAAGAAUUACCAAAGUCGAUUGAAAACCUAGUUUCCCUUCAACAAUUCAAUAUGAUAUUAUGCAAAAAUUCUGGAUUUCGUCCCAACAGCCGGUGUAACUUAAGAAAGCUUUUGUUGGUAAGCCUCGAGUGGUGUCCUAAACUUCAAAAAUUGCCUCCUCUUCCACCUGCUUUGAUUGCAUUGUGCUUAAACAAUUAUGAGAGCCAGAAAUUGUUACCAGAGCUAUGUUAUAGGCUGUAUGCAAGGUUCUUCACCUCUCCAGAGAACAUAUCAAAUUGGAGGUCUCCAUUGUGCAAAUAUCUAUAAUAUUGGAGAACAAGUAAACUUUCAUGGUUGUGAAAAAUUGGAUCAGAAUACAAGCAACAGCAUACGCGAUCAUGCAAUAACUCAAAUUCUAUUUCGUUUGAAAUUUGAAGGAAUGGAUAUUAAUUUCCCAUUGGAGAUAGACAGCACAACAUGUGAAUUUCGAUAUCCAGGAGAUGAAAUUCCAAAGUGGUUCUGCUACCAAAGUUGUGGCACUUCGAUCAAUAUCAGGCUUCCUCCAUAUUGGAAUAAUGACAAUUUCUUGGCUUUGGCAUUCUGUAUUAUUCUUGAUCCGAAUAAUAUUAACCCUGGUAUAACUAUUUUCAUUGGUAGUAAACUCAAUUUCAAAACCAUCGAUGAUGAUCGUCUGUGCCAACAAUAUUGUUAUACGAAUCUUAUGGAUUACGAGCAUAGUUCAGAUCAGGUGAUCAUGUGGUAUGUCAAAGAACUGAAUUUGCGAAAUUCAAGAUUAAGUUGGCCCUCUACUUGUAGCACAGAGGCCUCUUUACAUGUAUGGCUUGAAUAUUUUGCCAAUGGCGGUGCCAUUGGAAGUCGUAGUGAGAUUAAGAAGUUUGGGGUUCGGUUUGUAUACAAUAAAGAUAUAGAGAGAUUUGAUCGAGAAACUAAAAGUGAGAAUAAGAGACGCUUUGAUGAAUGUUGUGGAGCAAGUAGUGGAAAUGAAGCUUUUGGCUUUCAUGAUGAAGAAGACCAUGAUGAAUCACAUUCUAAGAAAGUCAAGGUUAUGUGACUGUUAGAAGAUCAUGCAGAGCAACUGGGCGUUGAGGAGCCAAAGAAAAACAGAACAAUCAUGUGCUGUAAUUAAGAGACAAUUUGGUGAUGACUAUGAAACCAGUCAAUGUGAAAUUGUUGGCUCUGACAUACGACAAAGAUGAAAAUCCUUUGAUCAUUCAAAGUAGCAGUACCAUUGACUUAAUACAUGGACACCUUUGCAACAUGCAAUUUGACACUUGGGAGCCUUUUAAUUUUCUUGGUAAACGAUGGUGUUGGCCUCUAUAAGUAUUGACUCAUUUCAUUUUGAUUGAUUUUGUUAUUGAUUUUGAAAUUGCUCAAUCUGGAUUGUAUCAUUAUUAUUAUUAUUAUUUUCACUUUUUGAGGGGCAAUGUGGUGUAAUAUUUAGCAAGCAAGUUUUAUGGCCAUUCUCCAGUUUGCUUAUGUGUCAAACUAUAAGACUAUCCCCGAAGUUUGUUCCUUAUAUAUGGCCUUUAGGAAAUGAUCCAUAAAAUAUACAGGCUUUUAAACUUCCAUUAAUCCUCCAGAUUGUGGGAUUAUUUAUUCUCAUA